UGUGUGUGUGUGUGUGUGUGUGUGUGUGUGUGUGUGUGUGUGUGUGUGUGUGUGUGUGUGUGUGGACAGCGGUGGGGUAUAAACACCACACCCUGUUCAGUCCUGGAUCAUAACGGAGCUGCUGCUUCUCUACAGGUGAAUCCAUCAUGGCGCUGGUGUCAGAGUUCCUGGGUCAGCUGACUCUGUCGUAUGGAGGGGAAGAGCAGACAAAGUUCCCCACCGUGGUGCCGGCUAAAGACUUUGACCCGGGUCAGGACGCCGCCAGGAUUGAAACGGCCAUUAAGACCAAAGGAGUGGAUGAACAGACCAUCAUCGACAUCCUGACCAGACGGAGCUACGAGCAGCGCAGAGAGAUUGCCUUUGAGUACGAACGCAUCGCUAAGAAGGAUCUGAAUGCUGCCCUGAAGGGGGCGCUCUCCGGCUCUCUGGAAUCUCUGAUGUUGGGUCUGAUGAAGAGCACCGCCCAGUUUGAUGCAUCGGAGCUAAAAUCCUCCAUGAAGGGUCUGGGAACCGACGAGGAGGCCCUGAUCGAGCUCGUCUGCUCCAGGAACAACGAAGAACUGACAGAGAUCAAGAAGGUUUACAGAGAGAUGUUUAAGAAGGAGCUGGAGAAGGACAUCUCAGGAGACACAUCUGGGAACUUUGAAAAGCUGCUGCUGGCUCUGGUUCAGACCAAAAGAGACGAUCCGAGCAGCGUGGUGGACUACCAGAAGAUCGACGAUGACGCCAAGGCUCUGUAUGAAGCCGGCGUGAAGAGGAAGGGGACAGACGUGACCACCUGGAUCUCCAUUAUGUCCCAGAGGAGCAUCCCUCACCUGCAGAAAGUGUUUGAGCGCUAUAAGAGCUACAGUCCGUACGACAUGAAGGAGAGCAUCAGGAAGGAGGUGAAGGGCGACAUGGAGAAGUCCUUCCUCACUCUGGUGGAGUGCUUCGAGAACCGCCAGCUGUACUUCGCCAACAGACUCUUUGAAGCCAUGAAGAACAAAGGAGCCAAGGAGAAGGUGGUGACCAGGAUCAUGGUGUCCCGCUGUGAAGUUGACCUAAUGAAGAUCAGGAGCGAGUUCAAGAGGCAGCAUAAGAAGUCUCUAUACCAGACCAUCGCCGUAAGUCACUGCAGUGUCCCACACAAAGCCUGACACUGAAUGCAUCAC